AUGGAAAACGUAUCCAGUCACAUGCAUCACGUUUUCAUUCUGUAUGGCAUACAGGAGCUGGGCAGAAACAAGCCAUUGUAUUUCUUCUUGACAUUCAUUUUGUACGUGGCGAUUAUCACUCUUAAUUUAAGUUUAAUUGCAACUAUUGUAGUGGAGAAGAGCCUUCAUGAGCCCAUGUAUAUUUGCCUGUGCAACCUUUGCGCAACUAGUCUUUAUGGCACCGUUGGCUUCUACCCUAAAUUUUUGAUCGACUUGUUGUCCAACAACAAAGCAGUGAUUUCCUAUGCAAUGUGUGUUACCCAAACGUACAUCAUAUACACCUCAGCUAUGUGUGAGAUUGCAAUUCUGACCGUGAUGGCUUAUGACAGAUAUGUGGCGAUAUGCAAGCCGCUUAAAUAUCACAGCAUCCUAACGCCCAGACGUCUUCUGAAUCUACUGCUGCUGGCUUGGAUAUACCCGCUCUCUAUGGCUGUCAUAUCCCUACUGCUGACACUAAGAUUACCCAUAUGUGAAUCACGCAUUGACAAGCUGUUCUGUGACAAUCCAUCGAUAUUAAAGCAGGGCUGCAACUCUAACUCUGCGCACGUAAAUCGCCUCUGGAGUAUAAUCAUGAUCGUUGGACAGGUCGCGCAGGCCGUUUUAAUUUUUGCCUCCUGCACUCAGAUCGUGCACAUCUGCGUCGGUUCGAGUGAGGGCCGAACGAAGUUUAUUCAAACCUGCCUACCGCACGUAUUGGCUAUCUGCAUCUCCACACUCGCUGUGUUAUUCGACCUGCUCUACAGCUGGGACGGCGCGGCCAGUCUGCCGCUGCACGUGCGUAACGCGCUGGGUUUGCAGUUUUUGAUUUUGCCUCCGUUCUGCAACCCUCUCAUAUACGGCAUGCAGCUCCCCAACAUUCGACGGACAUUUAUUCGAAGUCUCCGCUGCUCCGGAAGAAGAGUAGGCUGCAAGAGAACUCACUGA